UCCCCCCCGCCAGGAGCGCUGGAGCCCCGCUGCAUCCUGCCCGCGCGCGCUGCGAUCGGGGCGGGGGGUGCCGGCUCCGCCACUGCCGAGAGGGAAAAAAACCCUUACUGGAGCCUCUUGAAGCAAGAAGGCUAAAGAGGUGUGGUGGUAAGUACCAGCAUCUUGGCUCAUUAAAAGCAGCGCACGUGUCUUACACCCAGUAUAAAAGUUUGCCUGACACUCAGCAUUUUAACCUUCAUACCCUGAAGCCUUGGAGAAACUCUUCUUUGUGAACAGUAGCAAAAAGAGACUCUGGAGUGAAUCGAGUCUCUUAUGUAUUAAAUCCACGCUUAGGAACAUGUCGAAGUCAGCACUAAGGAGAUCUGGUGCCGUGCUUGAGGAUCCGAUGCCUUCUGUCCCUCCCAAACUUGAGAUGGACACAAAUUCUUGCCCUCACUUGUCUGCCAGUUGUGUGCAGAAUGGAGGACUGGAGAAGGAGCCCUGUAACACCGGGGAGAAAGAAAGGAAGUGGAUCCGACCUGACACACCUAGCAAGUGUACCUGGAAACUGGGGAAGCCCUUUUCAGAAUCCCCUCAUUAUCAUUCAACUUUGUCAAAAACACCAAACAUCCUGCCGAACAUCCUGGAGAAAAUUGGUGAUACACCCAUGGUGAGGAUCAACAAGAUUGGAAAGCAGUUUGGACUGAAGUGUGAGCUCUUGGCAAAGUGUGAGUUCUUCAAUGCUGGGGGGAGUGUGAAGGACCGAAUCAGCCUGCGGAUGGUGGAAGAUGCAGAGAGAGAUGGGAUUUUGAAGCCUGGGGACACUAUCAUUGAGCCAACAUCAGGAAACACAGGUAUUGGGCUGGCCCUGGCUGCUGCCGUGAAAGGCUACCGCUGCAUCAUUGUGAUGCCAGAAAAAAUGAGCAUGGAGAAGGUGGAUGUUCUGAGAGCUCUUGGUGCUGAGAUUGUGAGGACUCCGACAACUGCCAGAUUUGACUCGCCUGAAUCUCAUGUGGGAGUAGCAUGGAGACUGAAAAAUGAAAUUCCCAAUUCUCACAUACUAGACCAGUACCGCAAUGUCAGUAACCCAUUGGCCCACUAUGACACCACAGCUGAGGAGAUUCUGCAGCAGUGUGAUGGAAAAGUAGACAUGCUGGUGGCUGGAGCUGGAACAGGAGGAACCAUCACUGGCAUUGCCAGAAAGUUGAAGGAGAAAUGCCCAGAAUGCAAAAUCAUUGGCGUUGAUCCCGAAGGCUCCAUUCUUGCUGAGCCUGAAGUACUGAAUAAGACGGACGUGACGACAUAUGAGGUGGAGGGAAUUGGAUAUGAUUUCAUCCCUACGGUGCUGGAUAGAUCGGUGGUGGACAAGUGGUACAAGAGCAAUGAUGAGGAGUCUUUUGUCUUGGCACGCAUGCUGAUCAGAGAGGAGGGAAUGUUGUGUGGUGGCAGCUCGGGUAGCGCAAUGUCUGUCGCUGUGAAGGCUGCCAAGGAUCUGAAGGAGGGUCAGCGCUGUGUUGUCAUCUUGCCCGACUCUGUCAGGAACUACAUGUCUAAGUUCCUGAGUGACAAAUGGAUGACGCAGAAAGGGUUCAUGAAAGAAGAAGAUACCCGCAGUAACAAACCUUGGUGGUGGCACCUCAGCGUUCAGGAAUUAAGCCUCUCUGCCCCCUUGACAGUGCUUCCCACUGUCACCUGUGAAAAGACCAUUGAAAUCCUCCGAGUGAAGGGAUUCGACCAGGCACCAGUUGUUGAUGAAUCUGGUGUGAUUUUGGGAAUGGUUACCCUUGGAAACAUGCUUUCUUCGUUACUUGCGGGGAAAGUUAAGCCUUCAGACCAAGUCAGCAAAGUAAUUUAUAAGCAGUUCAGACAGAUUCAUCUGAAAGACAACUUGGGGAAACUCUCUCAUAUCCUGGAAAUAGACCACUUUGCUCUAGUAGUCCAUGAACAGAUUCAAUAUCAUAGCGAUGGCACAUCCAGCAAGAGACAGAUGGUGUUUGGCAUUGUUACAGCCAUCGACCUGCUUAACUUUGUGACUGCACGGGAGCGGCAAAGAAAAAACACCUAAGCUACAGGGUCAGCAUGUUUGCAGCUUCUGCAACAACAUUUUCCAGUCUCCAAAAAGAAUACCAGGUCCCUUUCUUUUCUUAGAUAGAAAGUUCUGUCUCUUGUUUUUUGUUUUUUAACUUUUCAGAAAUAAACACAGCUGGCCAUCCUGACUUCUGUAAUGUAACUGGCACAUCUAAAUAUUUCAUGGUUUUUUUGGUUUGGUUCUGAAUCAGAGAGGCAAUAUUCCCUGCCAAGAUAUAUGUUUCUAUUUUUCUAAAUGCUACCUAAAUGAACUAGUGUGAACCUAAUUGAUUGUGUCCUAACAUUUAAUUGUUUGAAACAAUUCUGGAACCUAACUAAAGGGAAGACUAUCUGUGAGAUAUAGUAUUUGGUUUAUGGAUGUUGAGUAAGUCAAAGAAGGUGGGCAUAGUGCCAAUAGCAGUAUGCCCCUUUGUAGUAGGAGAUGGUUAGUGUUGAGUGUGUUUGGGGGCAGGGGAGGGAUGAUGUUUUCAUUUACAGCAAGGUAGCCAUCAGGGAAAGGGUUAAAGUAAAUUUCAAUUGUGGAGGCUGGUUUUAAGGUUUUCCUCAACCAGUUACCAUGAAGCAAACCUACUGCUUGCCUUGUCUUACCUAUGAUGUUACAGUGAGAUAGUAAAUAAGUGUCCAUGCAAAAGAUGCACUUUUUAAUUUGUGAGGACAGAAACUCUGUUGCUUAUUUCCACCUUGGUAAAUAAGCAUAGGUGCAAACACGAGAACAAAAUUGGAGCAAGCUUUGUACGGGUGUUUAAUUUACAGGUGGUCCUAUAACUUUACAGUGGCCAGGUUAACAAUCUUUCUUAGCAACCCAUCAGUUUUUCAAGUGCUUCUGACCUCUAGCUAUCUACUGCAGGGGAAAAACAAUGUUUGUUUGUAAAGUGAACGAAAACAUAACUGCAUCAAAGACAAAUCCUGGCCUAGAUAACGAGCAUAUAAACUGUACUGCAGCCAUCAGGACUACAUGUUUAUGACAAAAUUUGACUAAUUCUAUGAGACAAAUAUUCUGGAUUCUCUGUGCCUUACAGUACCUGUGCUCGAUUGAAAUGGUGUUGUCUCAGCUGGUCAGGGAGUACAGGGAUGCUGAACAUUAGCUACAUGCAGCUGUACAGAUUUCUUCCACUUCCAAAAUUGUCUGGACUCUCAUGUGCCUCUGACUUUACAUAAUGGGAAUAUAGUUGUAUCUCAGUUAAUAGCAUAAUCCAUAUAUCCCCAUACUGUGGCUUAAAGGCAAGCAUCAGCCAAACAGUUGGGUGAUUUACAUAAGCACUCCAUGGAUUUUGUUUAUGGAAAAAAAUCACCAUAUUUCAUCCUUAUUAUGGGUGCUGUAAUCCUCCUUCUCUGAUUGGCUAUUUGUUAGGAGCAAAGCUUCCUUCAGCAGCAGUAAUUCUGUUCCAGUUUCUCACUUUCCUCUGCUGAAGAAAAAUGUACAUGAAAAAAGAGACACCAAAUAACAACAUCCAGCAAAGUUUGAAUAGGCAGUUGGACAAGAGGAAAAUCAUUGGUUUUAACCGUGGUUCUCACCACACACCACCACCGGCCUCAUUUCCUUCUGUCCGGCCAUUCCUAGAUAACAACAGCUCUUUUAGCUGCUAGCUUUCUCUUGCAAAAAUCCACAGGGCCUUUUCCUUCCAAUCCAGAAGGAAAUGAACAAAAAAAGGUUAACAAAAAUAUUUAUCAUCAUAGUGACCACAGACUUGCUGGCCUGGAAGUAAGUGAAGAAAAAGAAAGGUUGAGGGAGUGAAGGAAAUAAAGCAGUAGAUGGUUGAGAAGAUGAGACUGAAGAGAAGUACUGGUAGCAACACUUAUCUGUCAGUAAUUUCAAGAGUUUGCUUUGCAUCCUCUUCCCUUUUAACUUCCCCAUUUAAAAAUGUCAUUACAGGAUAAUAAUUUCAGGACACUUUGUGGUAAGUCUUUAGCGUUGUGCCCAAAGUAGACCAAACUCUCCUGCCUGUUACCUCUGUAUGUUAUUGCCUCAGAUGCUGGAAGUCACCCCAAGUUAUUACUAUAUUGACAUUUAUACAUUCAGGCAGAGUAUCUGAAAGACUUGGUCUUGAGGCAGAAGGUGAAGUCUGUAAGCCGUAGAUCUGAAUGCUUUAAAGAAAUGGUUUCCUUUCAUUUGGUCCUAGCUUGGCCUAAGUAAUUCUCCAAGUAUAUAAAUCCAGGGAGUCAUCACCACCAAGAAAACAAGAAUUAAAAGAAAGGGACUGUACAGUAUUAGAAAAAAAAAUCCUAGAAAAAGUUAAGUACAGUAGUAGGCAAGGUCAGCCUAAUUACCAGCAGCAGGGAUCUCAUGGCAAAACACCCCCUGAUAGGAUCCACAGUUAGGUUUCCUAGGCUGUCUAUGGCAACUUGGCUUCAGUGAUGCCGUGAGGCUCCCUUGCUUUCCGGUCUGUUCAGUUUCUUCACUCCAUUGUAGCAGAUCAGGGAUUUCUGAAGCUGCUUCCCCUUUUUAAAAACAGCUUGUGUUUGAUGGGAUUAAACCAGAGUAACUGAUACAGGCACUAUAGCAUCAUUAGGAAACAUCCUCUCUCUAGUGCUACUUGCAUUUUCAAGCAAUAAUGUAAUGGAUGAAGCUUGGCGAACAAACAAUCAUGCUAGGAAGGAUUAAAGAUGGGAAGUCAUUCCUAAUUUUUAAUCAGACUGGGAGGGGAGAGGGGAAAUGAAGAAGCACAGCCCCCCACUGGGACCUGAUAGGCAGACGUAUCAUUUAAAAAGCAUUCUCCAAGGAGGAAAUCCUGGUUUUGCUGAGCCUGCCUGCCCCAUCAAAGGGACAGCAGAGGGAGUGCCACAGUGGAGCACAGCAUUCCUGCUCCAUACACACUGCUCCUACACAUAUGCAGGGAGCUUGCUUUGAUGCACUGGAAAUCCAGCAUGUUGGAGCAGACUUGAUUAACUGUCUGCUUAGAGCACAGAAAUUCAUGUGCUCCAGCAGCCUUGCAUGUCACCCAUAUCAGCAUCGCUGCUCAUCUCACUGACAAAUGGUGGUGGUGCACUUUGAAAUAAAACACGUCCAAUGAGCCUUAGUUCAAAGCACCCCACCGCCAUUUUUUCAGCACAGGGAUGCGUGGCAGCACUGAUGAACAUGACGUUCAGAUGCUUUUAAUUAGUGUGGUUCAAUAAUUAAAGUGCCUGGCACCGCAUUUGAGAACAUGUGUAAAAAAUGCUGAGCUGAAAUAGGUGUAAUGGAGCUGCCUGGCGCUGAGCACAUGCCAAUAGGCACGCCCAAGAGAGAGCAGAUUGGUGCAUCCCAGUGCUCAGUCAGUGCGGCUACACUACAUUAUAUCCAUUUUGAGGUGAGCUCACAUGGCACAGUGUAUGCUGUGCUUCACUGUGCUGCUCCCAAUCAUAGGCCUUUGACUGUGUGGAUGUGCCAGCAAACAUCAGGUGCUGGCCCUUAAGAAAUUCAGCUGUUUCCGUUUUCAUUCUGGUGUCUAGAAGCUGACCCUCCGUUUUGUUGGCAACUGAUCAGUGAUUGCCUGUUACUGGCAUGUUCUUAUUAGACAUGCAUGUCACUGAUUUGCUAACUGCAGAUCACAGGUUUCCAGCAAAUUGGAAUUAAAAGAAUUUCUUCUAAACAGACUAGCAAUCUGGCUAAAACUUACAUUUCCAGUUGAGAGUUAAAAUUAGAAUUUGAAAAAGCCCUCAUAUGAGCUCCAGUUAAAAACGCAUGCUGGGUUUUGUUGGUGUUGUUUUUGUGUGCGUGUUUUCUUUUUAAGAGAAUCCAGGCCAGGAAGGAUAAAGGUAGUUCAUUGUUUACCCUGCAGAUCUCUCUGUGUAACCAGGUUGGACAGACGUGCCCCACAUCUGCCGUGUCUGCAGAUCUAGUAUGCUAUUUUUCAGAACCAUCUUUCGGAUUGUUUUCCCCACAGGUCUUAAUUAGUUUUUGAAGAAUUCAUAGCAUGGACACAAACCACGAUCUCCAUUCUAAAUGCUGUUAAUGUCCUUAAUGGGAUUUCUGCUGCCGAGUGAAGUGGAGUGGGUGAGCUGUUAGUUGCACACCACAAGGCAUGAAAGCUCAAGGAAGCUGGUACUCCGUCCUUUUUCCUCCUUGCCAACUUUGCAAUACUGUUCUUUCAUCUCACAGAAGCGUUGUCAGCUCCCGUUCCGGAUAGAGAGAAAUAGGGUGUUGAGUGGAGUUGGGGAAACUGACCACUGUUGGAAGUUUCAUUUUCACUACCUCUUCCAUUUCCCCCUCUGGUGAGGGAGUUUGUCUUACUUCACAGCGGGCAUGUCUACAUGUGCAUUAAUGCACUGUGGUUACUGCACAAAAUAAGUUUAGUACCUGUAAUAACAGAUACUAACUAAAUGUGCAGUACCCGGCACUACUGUGCAGUAGUCCCAGCGCACACCUUUUAAGUGAAGCUAAUACGCCAUAGACUAAUUCUACUGCACACUAGCACAAUAGCAUGGUUUUUGCUGUGGUGUACUAAUGCACAGUAGGAUUAGUCUAUAGUGCAGUUAGCAUUUCUUAUAGCCGUGCCCAGUGAAGUGGGUUUGUUGUCAUGGCAGUGGGUUUUUUUGGAAGUCAUGACAAAGGUUCUGAUUGCGAAUUUGCUUUACUCUCCCUAAUCUGAGUUUCUGAUGUUCUUAAGGAGUCCAGCACUUUACUGUUGUGCUUGCAGAUCCAUCUGAUGCUUCAGGCUUGCUGGUAUCAAUGGGAAUAAAAAGGGAAAUUGAUUCUGCAAGUGCCAAAGAUGCAGUUUAGGAAAGCGAUUGAGGAAAGAAGCUGUAUUUCCAUGCUGGGUUUGGAAUCAAAGAUGACUAAUGGGGGACUUCACCUCUUACACAGGGGUGAUAUUUAAGAGCUUAAUUAGUGCUAGUGCUGAAGUAUUCUCAGCCCCUUUCUAAAAUAAACUUUUGCACUGGUGGGUGCUAAGGAAGAGCGUUGGUGUAGAACUGGGAGGGCAGAGUGGCCAUGAGAGUAAAGAGUCAGAGAAAAUCUUGAAUUCCCAUUGCUUUGCAUGUCUAUGUUUGUGCACAGUACAAACAAGUACACAAGUGAUGGGGCUACACUGUAGUGCUUAGUAGAGAAAGGGUGUCUGCUAACUACUUAAAAUUGGCUGCAUCUACAUGAGACACAGAAAGCACAGUUGUUAGUGCACAGUCAGUUAGUACUUAUAUAAACAAGUACUAAAUGACCUUGCCAUAACCGGAGUUAUAGCGCAUUUGCACCAAGGAACAGCUUUUUUGUGAUGCUGACUGCACAGUACCUCAUGACUACUGCACAGUAGUGUCACAUCGUGCUUCCUGCCUUGCAGUGCUACUGUACAGUAAUCAUGGGCUACUGAGUAGUCAGCAUCUCAUGUAGACGCAACCACUGAGUAGUAGCCCUCGUUGUCUAGAGGAACCAGGAGUUUUGUGGCUGAUUUAAGACUUUUAAGCCUACAUAGGAGUGGGGCAUUAGCAGGGCCACAGACUGAAGUACCUCUGGUGCAGCCCUUCAGGAACAUGCUCAUCCUCUGGUUAUUCAGGAAUGUUAUUAACCUGGGUUGGUCAAUAGGGGUAGCACUGCACUGAUUGCCUAGCAGCAUUUCUCUGUUUACAGUGCUGUGAAGACCAAAUAAGGUGGGCAGUUUUUAGCCCAUGUCUUAAGUCCAAAGCUUGAAUAGACCUUUUUUUUUUUUCUGACAUGGGUUCCUGCAUCUGCCAGAUGGUCUAGUUUUUUGUAAGCAGAUGCUGACCAUCUUCCUACAACUACUUUGUACAGGGAUAUUUACAUUAAAUUGUGACAUGGUAUUUGUGCAUCCAUUUUCUCCCCCUGCCCAAGCCCAAACCUCUCUGUUUAGCAGUGACUCUUUAAAACCACAUAGGUUUUCUUAAAGGCACAAAUUCCAACUAAAUCUGUGGAGGGACAAAUGAAGAGGGCUUGAGGCGGUGUGGCUGUACCCCCUUGUGGCUGUGUCACACGAGCUCUCUGCACAAGGUCUUCCCUGAGUCCCUGCUUGCUUUCUUGUGGUUCCUGGUCCUCCUUUCCUCUGCUGAUGAAUUUAGUGACAAAGGAGGGGAAGGGUGAACAGGAGUGGUGUUCACCCCCUGGGCUCCAGAGCCAUGCAAAGGCAGGGGCUCUAGCCAGAUCCCACCCUGAUCAAACAGUGAGUUCAGAGCAGACUGCUCACUUGGAGCCCACACUAACCAGGCAGUGAGCUCAGAGUGCAGGGGAAGCAUUCCUCAUUCUUACUCUGUUUCUGGAUUCACUACUGAGUAAUUCUGCAAAGUUGCCCGGUAACUUCACAGUUGCGAGAUAAGGGUUUAAAGAUUAUUUUAAAGUCCUUGUGACCGGUAUCUUUUUCCAAUCAUACCAAUCUGUGGCUGACUCCAGAAUUUUAUGUAAUUGAAUUCCUCCUUUCAACAGAUUUAUGCAUACCUAGCUGACCACGGGAUAAAAAACUUUAAACUGUCUUUAAACUGUUGAUUACAACACUGAGCUUCAAGCAGGGUAAUACCCACUGGUGUGAAACACCUUAAUCCUUGCAGAUUUCCUUCAGCAUUUUUUUUCUCACUUAGUAUCAAUGUUAAAGCUACUCUACAGUGGUGAAGGGAAGUCUUUUUAUUCUUUAAAGCGAAAACAAUCAUUCAUUCAUGUAUACUGUACCAUGUUUGUUUUACACCUGUUCACUGUACAAUGUAAAGAGUUCAAUAAAAGUCACUAGAUUGGUGAAAUUA